CGUACGCCGCCUGACGUGGACCAUUUCACAAGCCGUUACCGCGCCUUUCACGGCAAGUUGAUCUACGUGCUUUCCGAACCGAAAUGCCCGCGUUCUGAGAUGAGGCCUCCAUCUUCAACCGAAUUUCGGAGGGGCGACACAGGAAAGAAGGAACGGCGUCGUGGAUCGGCCCGCCCACGUCGUGAUCGCGUGGAUGGUGCAAACACUGUUGUUAACGACGAGGACCAAGCGGAAAUAUCUGUAGAUCACCGCAGGAGGUCGCAAAAAUCGUCGUCGGCAGAAAAUACUACAAGAAAAAGUUCUGAAAUAAACAAUGGUCAUACUCAGCUUCUUGGCCACAUAGGCCUCGACCUGCACCCGUUGGAGGAGUUACGCCGAAUGUACCGGAAGGAGGUUAGCAUCCUGUGGCGCGAGGUGGACCACUUCCGCCGCUACUGUCUCCAAAAGAUGGCUGAGCAGGAAGCGGCCUUGGCAAGGGGGCACAGAAGGAAGUGCGAAGAGCCCACAAGCCAGCCAUCAAGCCCACCAGCCGAGGCCGCCAAAGGUGAACCUGGCAGCGCCCCGGAUGCUAGUGAGAAUCCUGACUUCCGGUCUGAAUUGAGGAGGCUGGAGGAGAACAUGGCAGCUUUGGAACGGAAGCAAGCGCUCCUCGACUCAGAAGAAGCGCUUCUUGACAAGGAGGAGAAUAUUACUAAGAGAUCCAUGCGUCUACAGGAGUUUGAAAAAGAGGUGGAGGAGGCGGAGACGCUACUGGACCGGAGACAAAACAUCGCGCGCCGCCGCUCACAGACGGUAGAGAUGCUGAACCACGACCUUCUCACGAUGAAGGCGGAGCUUGAAGAGCGGCUAGAUGAGGCGCAGGCAGCGGGAGAGGACGGGGAGGAGGGCGGCACAUAUCCCAAUGACGCCAAUUCCGGCGAGGCGAGCGACCAGGGUUCAAACUUUACGAACUCCUCUGAGGCCUCGUCCAAGGCUCGAAGACACUGGCAGCUGGCGCGGCGUCAUUUGGUCGACAAGGUGUCGCUGCUGGAGGCAACAGUGCAGAGGUACCGGACUCAGGUGGCCUCCGCGUCCGCCAAUAUUACUGCCAAGGACAUGGUCAUAGACAAGCUAAAGAAACAGAAUUUGGCUUUUUCUGAGGAAAUGGAGGAAAAGACAAAACGCAUAAAGCAGCUUGAGAUGCGGCUCUCCCUCACGCUUGAGGACAAAACAAGGUGUGAGAAAAAGUUGGACAUGUUACUUGACGAGCUUCAGAACAUCGACCUGAACGCCACCGCGAAAAUGCUUUCAACUCCGGAAAAACCCGCAGGAAACACGCCCGGAAAACAAAUUAAGAAACAGUCUUCUUCUUUUUCGUUCUUUUCACAUAGUCCCAAACACUCUCGUUCUACGCACAGUGGUGGUUCAACUCCUAAACGAGCAUUAUCGGAUAAGCAUAUUCGGGACACCACGUGCCCAACUAUAAGCGUCAGUUUACACGAGGAAAAUACUGACGUGGAAACCGAUGGGAAGCAGAAAGAGGACGUGAAUGGUGACGUUUCUAUGGAUGAUUCUGGGAUCGAAUACAGUGCUAGUGGCGAGACCAGGGCAGAACUCACGGACGAAAACGGUAGUAAAGCGUGCUUGAUCAUGUGACACGUGACUCUUGCGUACACGUGGCAGCUGCACGUGACACUCGGAGCAAAUAUUUGUUACAUAGUAAAUUUGCAUCGAUUUAUUAUAUAUUUUAUACUGCUUCCACGUUGAUGAAAGCUUUUUUUUCAUGAGGGCAUUUGAAGGAAUCAAGAGACUGAACGUUAAAGGACAUAUUGUUGUUGUUUUUUGUUUGUUUCGGUCCUUGGUACUAAUGGACAAAUGAUGGUGGUAAUGCCGUCAGUGAUUCUUAUUGAGCGCAAGAUAAGGUUUGAUACAAUUUGUGUAGAUUUUAUUCAUGCCAUCAUUGCAAAUUUCAUGAAUUAUAAAUGAUGAAGUUAUCUUCAUGUGA